UACCGACAGUGCUGGGGAAUUUUCAUUUGGUAACUAAUCAAAAACAAAAAAGCUUCGAAAUUUGGCCACAGAACUAAUCAGUCAUCUUAUUAAUCAUUUUCGCCCAACGCACCGUGCCCCGUUCAAAGUGGAAACGUAACGGAAAAUAAAUUCAAAAAGUUUUUAUUUGAUUUCACGUCGUCGUGUUUUGACGGAGGCCAUCUUUGCAGUCGACGAAACGAGUGGAGAGGUCCUUGGUUGACCGAUUCAUUGUCUGGUGAAAAGCCAGUAUUUAUUAACACACACAGUUUAAUCAAAUGGCUUUAAAACGAAUUAAUAAGGAAUUACAAGAUCUUGGACGGGAUCCUCCAGCACAAUGUUCAGCAGGACCUGUGGGAGAUGAUUUAUUUCAUUGGCAAGCAACAAUUAUGGGACCACCUGACAGUCCAUACCAAGGUGGUGUAUUUUUCCUAACAAUUCACUUUCCCACAGACUAUCCGUUUAAGCCACCAAAAGUUGCAUUCACAACAAGGAUUUAUCAUCCAAAUAUAAAUAGUAAUGGUAGUAUUUGCCUUGAUAUUUUAAGGUCUCAAUGGUCUCCAGCCUUAACUAUCUCAAAAGUACUGUUGUCAAUCUGCUCACUGCUGUGUGAUCCAAACCCAGACGAUCCAUUAGUUCCAGAAAUUGCUAGGAUAUACAAAACAGACCGGGAAAAAUACAAUGAGUUAGCGCGCGAGUGGACCCGCAAAUAUGCUAUGUGAUGGCCCUGCCCCCCGAAUCAGCACUUCACCUAAUUAGAUGAAACAAAACAAAAAAUACAAAAAAAAAAACAACAAGCAAAUCAAUUUUUUUUUUCAAAUUAAUACAAAACACAUUUUUUAAAACAAACAUCAGCAACAGGGGGAUGGCCAUGCCAUUCAGCAUUUUGUAUCGUCAAACAAUUAAUUAUUAUUAUUAUUAUUAUGUACAUUUUGUCUCUCGCUUCUAAUGCUCUCGGACUGUGUAAGCUGGUGUCCUUUGGCCACAAUUUUUCCCUAGCCAGAAACAAAAAAAAAAACAGUUUUAAUGUAAUAUUUAGUAGAAUUUUUUUUUUUUAAUUAAUAUACAAUAUUGUGGUUGUCGAGGACAGUGUUUGGAUUUCUCGUUCCUGGCUUUUCACCAGAAAUCAAUGUAGGAGGGGAAGAAGUUUCUGCAGAACCUAUAAUGAAAUUGCUGGAGAAGCGAAAAACUUUUUCUUGUCCCUGUUCAGCCAGACCUAAGGUCCCGGAUUUGCCUCAUAAUGUGACCUCAGAGUAAGGCUAUCUAUACAUAAUUCACUACUUUUAUUCUUACUAUAAAUAAAAUAUUGUUAGUUAAAUUAAAUAUUGUAGGUUUUUGUGGUUCAGCUAGUGAUUGAAUUAUUAUUAUUACUUAUGUUGUUUUUUCUUUUUAAAUAGUUCAGUGUAAUUAAAGACAUUUUUCAAUAUUUUGUUUGGAUUUUUAAUAACUUAUGUCAUCUUAAUCAGAACAAUACGUUGUAAUACAUUUCAGUAGGUUUUAUUAAUUACAGGGCAAUGUUGUUAAGGUGACCAGGCGUUGCCCUCAGAAACAAUAUUUGUCUUUAUUUUUUCUAGUGGGAUUUGUUUUUGUUAGUGAUUUUCAAGUGAUAAUUUGUUAGUUAACCCAAUAUCAGUCGGCAUGAAAAUUUUUUAAAAAAAAUCUGUGUCGUCCUGUUAAAUGGUUAAGAAAUGGGAUUUAUCUACUAAUAAUCAUGUUAUUUUUGAAAUUUUCUGAAAAAAUAUUUAAAUAUUAGCUGAAUAUUUAUGUAUGUAUAUUGUGCAAAAAUCUCUGUAACAGUUUUUAUACUUACAAACGUAAAUACAUACAAUUAAAAAAAAAACUCUCUCUCUCUCUCUUGCUGCUUGUGGUUACAUAAUUUAAAUACAAUUUUCCUUUGUGGAUUUUGGAGUUUUCCGGGACCUCAAAAAUAUUACAAAUAAUAACGUUGAGGGUUGCCUGAUCCCCUCUCGUAUUCAAAUUUUUGUUUGGGCGUUUGAAAGACCUCUGUAUAAUAAUAUUUAAAAUUUCUAGUAGAAUAAUUAUAAUUUAAUUUCCCCUUUUGUUUUUAAAUUAAAUUAUGUUUAAAAUAAAUAUCUAGUUGUCUUUUUUUGUCUAGGGUGUUGUAAUAGUGACUUUUUGUUUCGCGUGGACUGUGGAGGAUUCGUUUACUUUUUCUAUUUGUUUUAUUUUGAUAUACCUAUUAAGACAAUAUAAAUUGGUACAGUUAAUUUAAUUUAUUGUUUUAUUGGAUAAUUAGAAGGUGGAUUUUCAUAAAAUGGCUGGUUUGCAACGGAAAUAGUAAU